AUGGAUUCCCUACCACAGUUUCGAGAGACACGGCCCAGUUUACUGAGCAUCUUAUCCUCUUCCCCCGGACUUUACCGCAUUCACCACAACAAGCAAUCCUCCGGAAGUCCUGCAGUCUCUAUGCCAGGACUCGACUUGAAAGACGACGUCCCUCAGCCUCCACCUCGCCAUAUACCAUUUCUGGCGUCUCCUGCUCGCCCCGAAAAAUCGAUGGACGAACUGCGAGAUUAUGGACGCUCCGCGUCAUUCGUACAGGUUGGGUACGGCAAUUUAUGUUCAUCACUCCCUGAUGAGAGACCAGACUCCGGAAGCAGCGUCAAUGGUAACGAGAGUUAUGCAAGCUAUACCGCAGCCGAAAGGUCUGUAGCUGCUACAAGCCCUGUGCACGACUUGGUCGAAAGAGACGGCUCCAACGGUAUCGUUGAAGCCGACCUUAAUACCGACUCUCUGGACUAUCGACCAGCCGAAUUCAUGCGCCAUGACAAGGUCUAUUUUCAAACUGCAGCUGAUUUACAUGGCGAUAGCAUGAAGAAUAAGUUGGAUCCCAUUCGCAGAUUCGUUAAGUCGCCACGAUCAGUUGCGUCAUCAACUCUGAUCGAUCAAGCACAUCGACAACUAGAUCCUCGAGCUCUCAGGCUGAGCAUACCUAUUAAGCUGCCCAUCCAUAGCAACUUACUAUUUGAGACGCCCUCCAGAAUGUCAAAAACUUUCAUUUUGUCUGAUGUUUCUCAUCGACCUGCGCUAGUUCGACAUUUCCCAGGAGAGCAACCCGCAGAAGAUAUGGAGACUCACGAAGCCACGGCACCAAAGAGGUUUCAGCCGGGGGGAGCUUAUGCCGCUAUUGAUCGCGAGCGAGGGGCUGCUAGCCCUCUAGCAGAAUAUCAUUUAAUCCAUGGUGGCUCGACUGAUCCUCAACGUGAUCUUAGUUCUCUCGAUUCUUCGAUACCCCGACUCACCGUCAUGCCAAAGGGUUCAUCGGUUUCGGCCAGGUCCUCUGCUGCGAUAUCUCGCUUUAACUCUUAUAUUUCCACCAUGUCCACAGGGCCAUCAGCUGUUACGACAGCAGCAUCAUUCGGCAACCGGUCGCUUCGUGCUCUCUCACCUUGCGGCGCCUCUCCAACAUCUUGCAACUCACCGUACAUGACACCUGGUUCCGUCGUCCUUACCUCUCGAACUUCCAUCUCUGUCAUGGGGGAAACAUACGAGCGCAACAUCUCCAGCACAGGCUCGAGGAAGCUAGCAGGGGUCCAAAAAAGUAGGGGCUCUAAGGUUCAGCGAGUUUACUUGUGCGGUUGCUGCCCCAAGAAGCGGAAGAAGUUUGAGACAGCAGAAGACCUUAGCACUCACGAAGCUGAGAAACAGUAUGGAUGUCCAUUCUGUGGCAACCGUUUCAAGAACAAGAAUGAAAUCGAGCGACACCUGAAUUCCCUUCAUGCCGGACCACUACCGGUACAGCCACCGCAGCUGCUGCCGCCGGACGACCCAACAGACGAUGACUACACUGGGGCUACGAUCCCACAACUGCCACCAUCGCCACUCUUUGACACCUACGAUGGCCUCUGUGCCUUCCUCCGCAACUUCCAUCUUUCUAAUGGGGCCGCAAUAGUGAAAGCCUCCAGCUCCUCAAGGCGGGACAUCGGGGGUAUCAUCCAGCCAAGCUACAUCGUCUUCAAGUGCGACCGCGGCCCGCGACGGACGUCACAAAGCUCGGGUCUCAGGAAGCCGUCAUCACAGAAGCUUGAUUGUCCCGUCAAAGUCACGGCCAAGGCCACCAAUUCGUCUAACAAGAAGUGGACGUAUACGGUAGUUCAUGGCCAGCAUAACCACGGACAGUCCCUUGAUCCAUCGGCGCACAUUGUCUAUCGCCGCCGCACGGUUGCUCAGCGACAAAAGGAGCGAGAGCUAGCCAACGAGAAUGGCAUUAGGGCCCGCGAGAUGCUACCCAAGCCUUCGUCAAGGAGCUUGAGAGCGGGGGUAUUAGUCAGAACCUUGCGCGACGAAGAUGACCGCGUCUGUGCCGUCUUUUGGACGUACGACUGGUGCCGCACAAUGUGGAAGAAGUUUCCGGAGGUGCUCGGUUUGGACAACACGUACAAGACCAACCGCUUUGGGUUACAUCUAUUUCAAGCCACCGGGUGGUUAUGUGACCGACUUGACGAGCUUCGCAUCGACAUUGGGGCAGACACGCCAGAGGUUAUAAUCACCGACAAGGAACAGGCUCUCCGCACAGCCCUCUCGAACACCUUUCCAGGCGCCCAACAGCAGCUAUGCGUAUAUCACAUCUUGGCCAACGUCCGAGCUAAAAUUAACGCCCGCUGGAAGGACACCGAGGGCGACAAUGACGGCGAUGCUAGUGUUGAGUCUGAUAAUGACGUAAACGCCCUUUCCGCUCAUCCAAGCGACAAACCCGCCAAGCAGCUCCAGCCAGUGCUAGAUCUUGAUGUCACCGCCAGGGGCCGUGUGCAAGACGAGGCAGAGGACGGGCUUGCGAACCCCUCUGAUGACUACAGCCGUGAGGGGAUGUUCAAAGCCUUCCAAACCGUGGUCUAUGCCGUUGAUCACGAUACGUUUAAAGACUCGUGGAAGUCCUUUGUCGAAACUUUCGGCAGGCAGCAACGGCACAUCCUGCGAUAUAUCCAAAAGGAAUAUAUGCCGUGGCGCAAGCAGUGGGUGAAAUGCUACAUUGACCGCUAUCGGAACUUCGGUCAAAGGGUCAAUAGCCCCACCGAGACCGCCCAUGCAGACGUCAAGUCUCACCUUGUGACGGGCACGGGAGACCUCCUUUACCUCCACCAAGCCCUUGUCACGAUGAUUGAUAAGAAGUCCCGGUCCUAUCGCCAAGAGGCCGCGAGACAGAUUCAGCGUCAGCGUGAUCAGUACCUCAAGCAGGCAUGGCUCGGCAAGCUUAACCUCCAGAUCACAUAUCAGGCCAUUGACCUUAUUGCCAAGCAGUAUCGCUUUGCCCUCGCCGCCCUGCCUGAUCAGCGCAAGCCCAAACCGCUACGCGCUUGCACGGGCAACUUCGAGCACCAAUACGGCCUCCCAUGCAGCCAUCGCAUUCUUGAUUGCCUGAUGAGCGGCACGCCUCUGAGACGGAGCCAGAUUGCUAUGCGUUGGUGGCUCGAGAAGCCGUUGAACGCCGAGGAUAAGCUACUUGAAAUUCGCGACCCGGCUAGUGUUAGAAGCGCACGAGGCAGGCCGCGCCUGAAUGCCGACAACAAGAAGCUCAAGGUCCCGCGAUACCUCAAGAUCGCGGAUUACACCUCCAAGCCAGGAAGUGACGCCGAUGAUACGGACGAUGACGAUGCCGAAACCGAGCCUGCACAACGGAGUCAAGGCAGGCAUUCAGCGCGAGGCCGUGGUCUGAGCCGACAGCCUAGUCAGAAUGCGGGCCGAGGAACGCGCCGGUUGAACGCGAGCCUUCGCCGUGACCGCUCUCAAUUCGAGCUUGACGAGCUACAGUCACAUGCGUCGCAAUCGUCGCGAGGAAACAAGCGUCGACGAGUCCGUGGCGGAGCGGCUGGACGAAGUCAUGCGGAGGCAUCACAGGCCGAGAGGUCGCCGGCAAACCAGGUCCAAACGUCAAGAGAGUCAUCAGCCGAAAGCUGCCCGUUCUUAUUAUAA